AGAGAAAAACAACUCAUGGAUAAAAUGAAGAUGAAAGACACCCUGAAAGUGAAAGUUGAUGAGCUGAAGGAGAACAUAAAACAGAAAAUGGGCAGAUUACUACAAGGCCAUGAAGCUGUACUAAGGCUGAUCGCUGUGUUGGAAGAAAAGCAUGCAAAUUGUGAUGAACAGAAAGAAAAUAUUGUCAAUGUUACUGAAAUGUUAGAGAGAGAAAAGGAAACUCUACAAUGUAUCCGCUCAGACUUGGUCACCCACAGAGACUGCAUGGAAAAUGAAUGGAAGCAGCAGUUUGAGUUGGAAAGACAAGAUCUUGAUAAGUUGAAAGCAGAUCUGACACGUGACAGAGACGUUCUGGAUAGAGAAGCUGAGACAAUAAAUAAAGAGAAACUGGACUUGAAGCUGAUGAGAUCUGAAAUCCAGAAACAAUUCGAUAUAUUGGAACAAAAGAAACAAAAAAUAACAGAAGAAAGAGACUCAGUGGAAAUCUCAAAGACUGAACUACUACACAAUAUGGAACAUGUAACCAGCCUCUUUAAUUUGAUAAAUGAGGAGAAAGCAAAUAUUAGAACUCUGAGAGUUCAGGUUCAAACUGAAAGAGAAAGAAUAGAAAAUAUCAUGAGUAACCUUACCUUAAAAGAAGAAGAACAAAGAGGGAAGGAAGAUGACCUCAGAAGACAAACAGAAGAACUGGAGAGUCUGAUGAGAACUCUGAAUAAGAAGCAAGAAGAGAUCGAAGCCUCCAUAAACAUCAUGAAUGAAGAAAAAGAACAGGUCAACAAGAUGAAAACUGACAUUGACAAAGAAAGAGAACUGUUGUUGGAUGAAAAGAGAAAUAUGGAAGAAGAAAGGUCUGAGCUGAAAAUGAGAGAAAAACAACUCAUGGAUAAAAUGAAGAUGAAAGACACCCUGAAAGUGAAAGUUGAUGAGCUGAAGGAGAACAUAAAACAGAAAAUGGGCAGAUUACUACAAGGCCAUGAAGCUGUACUAAGGCUGAUUGCUGUGUUGGAAGAAAAGCAUGCAAAUUGUGAUGAACAGAAAGAAAAUAUUGUCAAUGUUACUGAAAUGUUAGAGAGAGAAAAGGAAACUCUACAAUGUAUCCGCUCAGACUUGGUCACCCACAGAGACUGCAUGGAAAAUGAAUGGAAGCAGCAGUUUGAGUUGGAAAGACAAGAUCUUGAUAAGCUGAAAGCAGAUCUGACACGUGACAGAGAUGUUCUGGAUAGAGAAGCUGAGACAAUAAAUAAAGAGAAACUGGACUUGAAGCUGAUGAGAUCUGAAAUCCAGAAACAAUUCGAUAUAUUGGAACAAAAGAAACAAAAAAUAACAGAAGAAAGAGACUCAGUGGAAAUCUCAAAGACUGAACUACUACACAAUAUGGAACAUGUAACCAGCCUCUUUAAUUUGAUAAAUGAGGAGAAAGCAAAUAUUAGAACUCUGAGAGUUCAGGUUCAAACUGAAAGAGAAAGAAUAGAAAAUAUCAUGAGUAACCUUACCUUAAAAGAAAAAGAAAAAGGAGGGAAGGAAGAUGACCUCAGAAGACAAACAGAAGAACUGGAGAGUCUGAUGAGAACUCUGAAUAAGAAGCAAGAAGAGAUCGAAGCCUCCAUAAACAUCAUGAAUGAAGAAAAAGAACAGGUCAACGAGAUGAAAACUGACAUUGACAAAGAAAGAGAACUGAUGUUGGAUGAAAAGAGAAAUAUGGAAGAAGAAAGGUCUGAGCUGAAAAUGAGAGAAAAACAAAUCAUGGAUAAAAUGAAGAUGAAAGACACCCUGAAAGUGAAAGUUGAUGAGCUGAAGGAGAACAUAAAACAGAAAAUGGGCAGAUUACUACAAGGCCAUGAAGCUGUACUAAGGCUGAUCGCUGUGUUGGAAGAAAAGCAUGCAAAUUGUGAUGAACAGAAAGAAAAUAUUGUCAAGGUUACUGAAAUGUUAGAGAGAGAAAAGGAAACUCUAGAAUGUAUCCGCUCAGACUUGGUCACCCACAGAGACUGCAUGGAAAAUGAAUGGAAGCAGCAGUUUGAGUUGGAAAGACAAGAUCUUGAUAAGCUGAAAGCAGAUCUGACACGUGACAGAGACGUUCUGGAUAGAGAAGCUGAGACAAUAAAUAAAGAGAAACUGGACUUGAAGCUGAUGAGAUCUGAAAUCCAGAAACAAUUCGAUAUAUUGGAACAAAAGAAACAAAAAAUAACAGAAGAAAGAGACUCAGUGGAAAUCUCAAAGACUGAACUACUACACAAUAUGGAACAUGUAACCAGCCUCUUUAAUUUGAUAAAUGAGGAGAAAGCAAAUAUUAGAACUCUGAGAGUUCAGGUUCAAACUGAAAGAGAAAGAAUAGAAAAUAUCAUGAGUAACCUUACCUUAAAGGAAGAAGAACAAAGAGGGAAGGAAGAUGACCUCAGAAGACAAACAGAAGAACUGGAGAGUCUGAUGAGAACUCUGAAUAAGAAGCAAGAAGAGAUCGAAGCCUCCAGAAACAUCAUGAAUGAAGAAAAAGAACAGGUCAACAAGAUGAAAACUGACAUUGACAAAGAAAGAGAACUGAUGUUGGAUGAAAAGAGAAAUAUGGAAGAAGAAAGGUCUGAGCUAAAAAUGAGAGAAAAACAACUCAUGGAUAAAAUGAAGAUGAAAGACACCCUGAAAGUGAAAGUUGAUGAGCUGAAGGAGAACAUAAAACAGAAAAUGGGCAGAUUACUACAAGGCCAUGAAGCUGUACUAAGGCUGAUCGCUGUGUUGGAAGAAAAGCAUGCAAAUUGUGAUGAACAGAAAGAAAAUAUUGUCAAUGUUACUGAAAUGUUAGAGAGAGAAAGGGAAACUCUACAAUGUAUCCGCUCAGACUUGGUCACCCACAGAGACUGCAUGGAAAAUGAAUGGAAGCAGCAGUUUGAGUUGGAAAGACAAGAUCUUGAUAAGCUGAAAGCAGAUCUGACACGUGACAGAGACGUUCUGGAUAGAGAAGCUGAGACAAUAAAUAAAGAGAAACUGGACUUGAAGCUGAUGAGAUCUGAAAUCCAGAAACAAUUCGAUAUAUUGGAACAAAAGAAACAAAAAAUAACAGAAGAAAGAGACUCAGUGGAAAUCUCAAAGACUGAACUACUACACAAUAUGGAACAUGUAACCAGCCUCUUUAAUUUGAUAAAUGAGGAGAAAGCAAAUAUUAGAACUCUGAGAGUUCAGGUUCAAACUGAAAGAGAAAGAAUAGAAAAUAUCAUGAGUAACCUUACCUUAAAAGAAGAAGAACAAAGAGGGAAGGAAGAUGACCUCAGAAGACAAACAGAAGAACUGGAGAGUCUGAUGAGAACUCUGAAUAAGAAGCAAGAAGAGAUCGAAGCCUCCAGAAACAUCAUGAAUGAAGAAAAAGAACAGGUCAACAAGAUGAAAACUGACAUUGACAAAGAAAGAGAACUGAUAUUGGAUGAAAAGAGAAAUAUGGAAGAAGAAAGGUCUGAGCUGAAAAUGAGAGAAAAACAACUCAUGGAUAAAAUGAAGAUGAAAGACACCCUGAAAGUGAAAGUUGAUGAGCUGAAGGAGAACAUAAAACAGAAAAUGGGCAGAUUACUACAAGGCCAUGAAGCUGUACUAAGGCUGAUUGCUGUGUUGGAAGAAAAGCAUGCAAAUUGUGAUGAACAGAAAGAAAAUAUUGUCAAUGUUACUGAAAUGUUAGAGAGAGAAAGGGAAACUCUACAAUGUAUCCGCUCAGACUUGGUCACCCACAGAGACUGCAUGGAAAAUGAAUGGAAGCAGCAGUUUGAGUUGGAAAGACAAGAUCUUGAUGAGCUGAAAGCAGAUCUGACACGUGACAGAGACGUUCUGGAUAGAGAAGCUGAGACAAUAAAUAAAGAGAAACUGGACUUGAAGCUGAUGAGAUCUGAAAUCCAGAAACAAUUCGAUAUAUUGGAACAAAAGAAACAAAAAAUAACAGAAGAAAGAGACUCAGUGGAAAUCUCAAAGACUGAACUACUACACAAUAUGGAACAUGUAACCAGCCUCUUUAAUUUGAUAAAUGAGGAGAAAGCAAAUAUUAGAACUCUGAGAGUUCAGGUUCAAACUGAAAGAGAAAGAAUAGAAAAUAUCAUGAGUAACCUUACCUUAAAAGAAGAAGAACAAAGAGGGAAGGAAGAUGACCUCAGAAGACAAACAGAAGAACUGGAGAGUCUGAUGAGAACUCUGAAUAAGAAGCAAGAAGAGAUCGAAGCCUCCAGAAACAUCAUGAAUGAAGAAAAAGAACAGGUCAACAAGAUGAAAACUGACAUUGACAAAGAAAGAGAACUGAUGUUGGAUGAAAAGAGAAAUAUGGAAGAAGAAAGGUCUGAGCUGAAAAUGAGAGAAAAACAACUCAUGGAUAAAAUGAAGAUGAAAGACACUCUGAAAGUGAAAGUUGAUGAGCUGAAGGAGAACAUAAAACAGAAAAUGGGCAGAUUACUACAAGGCCAUGAAGCUGUACUAAGGCUGAUUGCUGUGUUGGAAGAAAAGCAUGCAAAUUGUGAUGAACAGAAAGAAAAUAUUGUCAAUGUUACUGAAAUGUUAGAGAGAGAAAGGGAAACUCUACAAUGUAUCCGCUCAGACUUGGUCACCCACAGAGACUGCAUGGAAAAUGAAUGGAAGCAGCAGUUUGAGUUGGAAAGACAAGAUCUUGAUAAGCUGAAAGCAGAUCUGACACGUGACAGAGACGUUCUGGAUAGAGAAGCUGAGACAAUAAAUAAAGAGAAACUGGACUUGAAGCUGAUGAGAUCUGAAAUCCAGAAACAAUUCGAUAUAUUGGAACAAAAGAAACAAAAAAUAACAGAAGAAAGAGACUCAGUGGAAAUCUCAAAGACUGAACUACUACACAAUAUGGAACAUGUAACCAGCCUCUUUAAUUUGAUAAAUGAGGAGAAAGCAAAUAUUAGAACUCUGAGAGUUCAGGUUCAAACUGAAAGAGAAAGAAUAGAAAAUAUCAUGAGUAACCUUACCUUAAAAGAAGAAGAACAAAGAGGGAAGGAAGAUGACCUCAGAAGACAAACAGAAGAACUGGAGAGUCUGAUGAGAACUCUGAAUAAGAAGCAAGAAGAGAUCGAAGCCUCCAGAAACAUCAUGAAUGAAGAAAAAGAACAGGUCAACGAGAUGAAAACUGACAUUGACAAAGAAAGAGAACUGAUGUUGGAUGAAAAGAGAAAUAUGGAAGAAGAAAGGUCUGAGCUGAAAAUGAGAGAAAAACAACUCAUGGAUAAAAUGAAGAUGAAAGCCACCCUGAAAGUGAAAGUUGAUGAGCUGAAGGAGAACAUAAAACAGAAAAUGGGCAGAUUACUACAAGGCCAUGAAGCUGUACUAAGGCUGAUCGCUGUGUUGGAAGAAAAGCAUGCAAAUUGUGAUGAACAGAAAGAAAAUAUUGUCAAUGUUACUGAAAUGUUAGAGAGAGAAAAGGAAACUCUACAAUGUAUCCGCUCAGACUUGGUCACCCACAGAGACUGCAUGGAAAAUGAAUGGAAGCAGCAGUUUGAGUUGGAAAGACAAGAUCUUGAUAAGCUGAAAGCAGAUCUGACACGUGACAGAGACGUUCUGGAUAGAGAAGCUGAGACAAUAAAUAAAGAGAAACUGGACUUGAAGCUGACGAGAUCUGAAAUCCAGAAACAAUUCGAUAUAUUGGAACAAAAGAAACAAAAAAUAACAGAAGAAAGAGACUCAGUGGAAAUCUCAAAGACUGAACUACUACACAAUAUGGAACAUGUAACCAGCCUCUUUAAUUUGAUAAAUGAGGAGAAAGCAAAUAUUAGAACUCUGAGAGUUCAGGUUCAAACUGAAAGAGAAAGAAUAGAAAAUAUCAUGAGUAACCUUACCUUAAAAGAAAAAGAAAAAGGAGGGAAGGAAGAUGACCUCAGAAGACAAACAGAAGAACUGGAGAGUCUGAUGAGAACUCUGAAUAAGAAGCAAGAAGAGAUCGAAGCCUCCAUAAACAUCAUGAAUGAAGAAAAAGAACAGGUCAACGAGAUGAAAACUGACAUUGACAAAGAAAGAGAACUGUUGUUGGAUGAAAAGAGAAAUAUGGAAGAAGAAAGGUCUGAGCUAAAAAUGAGAGAAAAACAACUCAUGGAUAAAAUGAAGAUGAAAGACACCCUGAAAGUGAAAGUUGAUGAGCUGAAGGAGAACAUAAAACAGAAAAUGGGCAGAUUACUACAAGGCCAUGAAGCUGUACUAAGGCUGAUUGCUGUGUUGGAAGAAAAGCAUGCAAAUUGUGAUGAACAGAAAGAAAAUAUUGUCAAUGUUACUGAAAUGUUAGAGAGAGAAAAGGAAACUCUACAAUGUAUCCGCUCAGACUUGGUCACCAGCAGAGACUGCAUGGAAAAUGAAUGGAAGCAGCAGUUUGAGUUGGAAAGACAAGAUCUUGAUGAGCUGAAAGCAGAUCUGACACGUGACAGAGACGUUCUGGAUAGAGAAGCUGAGACAAUAAAUAAAGAGAAACUGGACUUGAAGCUGAUGAGAUCUGAAAUCCAGAAACAAUUCGAUAUAUUGGAACAAAAGAAACAAAAAAUAACAGAAGAAAGAGACUCAGUGGAAAUCUCAAAGACUGAACUACUACACAAUAUGGAAGAUGUAACCAGCCUCUUUAAUUUGAUAAAUGAGGAGAAAGCAAAUAUUAGAACUCUGAGAGUUCAGGUUCAAACUGAAAGAGAAAGAAUAGAAAAUAUCAUGAGUAACCUUACCUUAAAAGAAGAAGAACAAAGAGGGAAGGAAGAUGACCUCAGAAGACAAACAGAAGAACUGGAGAGUCUGAUGAGAACUCUGAAUAAGAAGCAAGAAGAGAUCGAAGCCUCCAGAAACAUCAUGAAUGAAGAAAAAGAACAGGUCAACGAGAUGAAAACUGACAUUGACAAAGAAAGAGAACUGAUGUUGGAUGAAAAGAGAAAUAUGGAAGAAGAAAGGUCUGAGCUGAAAAUGAGAGAAAAACAACUCAUGGAUAAAAUGAAGAUGAAAGCCACCCUGAAAGUGAAAGUUGAUGAGCUGAAGGAGAACAUAAAACAGAAAAUGGGCAGAUUACUACAAGGCCAUGAAGCUGUACUAAGGCUGAUCGCUGUGUUGGAAGAAAAGCAUGCAAAUUGUGAUGAACAGAAAGAAAAUAUUGUCAAUGUUACUGAAAUGUUAGAGAGAGAAAAGGAAACUCUACAAUGUAUCCGCUCAGACUUGGUCACCCACAGAGACUGCAUGGAAAAUGAAUGGAAGCAGCAGUUUGAGUUGGAAAGACAAGAUCUUGAUAAGCUGAAAGCAGAUCUGACACGUGACAGAGACGUUCUGGAUAGAGAAGCUGAGACAAUAAAUAAAGAGAAACUGGACUUGAAGCUGAUGAGAUCUGAAAUCCAGAAACAAUUCGAUAUAUUGGAACAAAAGAAACAAAAAAUAACAGAAGAAAGAGACUCAGUGGAAAUCUCAAAGACUGAACUACUACACAAUAUGGAACAUGUAACCAGCCUCUUUAAUUUGAUAAAUGAGGAGAAAGCAAAUAUUAGAACUCUGAGAGUUCAGGUUCAAACUGAAAGAGAAAGAAUAGAAAAUAUCAUGAGUAACCUUACCUUAAAAGAAAAGAAAAAGGAGGGAAGGAAGAUGACCUCAGAAGACAAACAGAAGAACUGGAGAGUCUGA